AUGGGUAAGAACAAGUCCGACAAGACCACGAUGGCGAAGCCAAGUGGGAAAUUAUCAGUCUCAGCUAUGGCAAGUAUGGAUCUCAAAGCUUCAUCAUCUAGAGCUCCGAAAAAAGCUUCCUCUUAUACUGAUGGUAUAGAUCUUCCUCCUUCUGAAGAAGACGAUGAGUGCGAUUCCGAUGAGGAGGAACAGACAGACAGGAGAAAGGCCAAGAGUGAACAAAGGCUUCUUGAGAUCUCUGUGACUGAUAGGGAACGAAAGAAGCUAGAGGCGAAAGAAAGAUUAGCUAAAGAAGCUGCAGAGCAUGCAAAGAGGGAGGCUUUAAGGGACGACCGUGAUGCGUUCACUGUUGUUAUCGGAAGCAAGAUUGAAGGACAAGACACGGCGGCGGCGGAUGCCAAUGUUAAAGAUAUAACGAUCGAGUCCUUUUCUGUAUCUGUUCGAGGGAACGAGCUUCUGAGUAAUACUUCUCUUAAGAUAUCACAUGGGAAACGGUAUGGACUGGUUGGGCCGAAUGGAAAGGGGAAGUCGACACUGUUAAAGCUUUUAGCGUGGAGGAAGAUUCCAGUUCCGAAGAAUAUUGAUCUUCUUCUUGUUGAGCAAGAAGUUGUCGGUGACGAAAAGAGUGCUCUGAAUGCAGUUGUUUCUGCCAAUGAAGAAUUGGUUAAGCUACGGGAAGAGGCUGAAGCUCUCCAGAAUGAUGAUGAAAGCGGAGAAAAGCUUGGUGAAUUGUAUGAGAGACUACAGAUUUUGGGGUCAGAUGCUGCUGAAGCACAGGCGUCCAAGAUUCUUGCGGGGUUAGGAUUCACAAAAGAUAUGCAAGUGCGGCCAACUAAGUCAUUCAGUGGUGGCUGGAGGAUGCGAAUAUCGUUAGCUAGAGCUCUGUUUGUGCAACCUACUCUUUUGUUGUUAGAUGAGCCUACCAACCAUCUCGACCUGAGAGCUGUUUUAUGGUUAGAGGAGUACUUGUGUCGCUGGAAGAAGACGUUGGUUGUUGUUUCACACGACCGGGAUUUCCUCAACUCUGUCUGCACGGAUAUCAUACAUUUGCAUGACCUGAAGCUCCACUUCUACCGUGGUAAUUUCGACAGUUUCGAUGCUAGAUAUAUACAGCGUCGCAAUGAGAUGAACAAAAAGUACGUGACUUUCAAGAAACAGAUUAAAGCAGCUAAGAAGUCUGGAAACAUGGCUCAACAGGAGAAUGUAAAAGAGAUAGAUGAUGAGGACACAGUAGCAGAAGCUCCUAGAAAGUGCAGCGAUUAUAGCGUGGCGAUCCAUUUUCCGCAACCAACCGAGCUUACUCCUCCGCUGUUGCAGUUGAUUGAGGUGAGCUUCUCCUACCCCAACAGGCCAGAUUUCAGGCUCUCAGAUGUUGAUGUAGGUAUCUAUAUGGGUACACGGGUGGCUAUAGUAGGGCCUAACGGAGCUGGAAAAUCCACUCUUUUGAAUCUUCUUGCGGGAGAUUUAGAUCCGACAGAGGGUGAAGUGAGAAGAAGUCAGAAGCUUAGGAUUGGCAGGUAUUCUCAGCAUUUUGUUGAUUUGUUAACAAUGGGGGAAACACCGGUGCAGUAUCUUCUUCGUCUUCAUCCAGACCAAGAGGGAUUUAGCAAGCAAGAAGCGGUGCGUGCGAAGCUUGGAAAGUUUGGGCUAUCAAGUGACACCCACUUAUCUCCAAUAGCGAAAUUGUCUGGAGGACAAAAGGCUAGGGUUGUGUUUACGUCGAUAUCAAUGUCGAAGCCACACAUUUUGCUUUUAGACGAGCCUACAAAUCACUUAGACAUGCAGAGUAUAGAUGCGUUGGCCGAUGCCCUAGAUGAAUUCACAGGAGGAAUUGUGCUGCUGAGUCACGACUCGAGACUCAUCUCCCGUGUCUGUGAGGAAGAGGAGAAUAGUCAAAUUUGGCUUGUAGAAGACGGAACAGUGUCUUUCUUCGAUGGCUCCUUUGAAGAGUACAAAGAAGAUCUCCAAAGAGAAAUCAGAGCAGAGGUUGAUGAGUCAAGUUCUGUUGUUGCCUUUUAA